AUGGCAGAUUUCGACGACGCCAGCCAGAAAUUUCUGGCAUGGCUCCAGCAAUCAGGAGCAGAGAUUAGCCCCAAGAUCAAACUCGAAGAUUUGCGCCAUGCGCAGGCUGGGAGAGGCGUUAUCGCAACCCAAGACAUCGCCGAGCAUGAGGUCCUCUUCCGCAUCCCCCGCUCCGCCAUUCUCAGCGUCGAGAACUCAGUCCUCUCCAAUGAGAUCCCCGCCGCCACAUUCGAAAUGCUCGGUCCAUGGCUGUCACUCAUCCUCGUAAUGCUCUACGAGUAUCUCAACGGCGACGUCUCAAACUGGGCUCCAUACUUCUCCGUCCUACCCUCCGAGUUUAACACCCUCAUGUUCUGGUCUGACGACGAGCUGGCCGAACUGCAAGCCAGCGCAGUAGUACACAAGAUCGGCAAAGAGAGCGCCAAUGAGAUGUUCUUGGAGCAGCUACUCCCUGUGAUCAAAGAGUUUGCGGAGACAUUCUUCGCGGGAGAUGAGCGUGCAAAGCAGAGGGCAGAAGAGAUGCGGGAUGAGCGCAAUGUCAAGCUCAUGCAUCAAAUGGGCUCGCUGAUCAUGGCCUAUGCAUUCGACGUCGAGCCCGCUGUCACAAAGAAAGACGUCGACGAGGAGGGUUUUGCGGAGGAGGACGAAGACGAGGCGUUGCCAAAGGGUAUGGUUCCCUUAGCGGAUAUGUUGAAUGCGGACGCCGACCGUAACAACGCGCGCCUCUUCUACGAAGCUCAGUACCUCGAUAUGAAGGCCUUGAAGCCCAUUCGCGCCGGCGAGGAGAUCUUCAAUGAUUACGGCCCGCUUCCACGCUCCGACCUCUUGCGACGCUACGGAUACAUUACCGACAACUACACGCAAUACGACGUUGCAGAAAUUCCUAUGGACCUCGUUACCGACCUUGCGACAACAGCAGGUAUACUCUCUGAAUCACGUCUCGAAUACCUUGACGAACACGAAAUUCUUGACUCGGGCUACGACAUCACAGCCAGCAGCCCUUUUACCCUGCAAGAAAGCCUCUCUCCCGAGCUUAUUAUCCUCGUCGAAACACUCUUGCUCUCCGACGAAGAAUUCGACCGUCUGAAGGGUAAGGGCAAGCUUCCCAAGCCAGAAAGGAUGACCAGCAAAGGCACCGAGUUCGUGCACAAGAUAGUGCAAACUCGAAUCGCGCAGUAUGCAACCACAUUAGAUGAAGACGUCCAUACGUCCAAAGACGAAGUACCAACAUUAGGCGAAUACAGUUCGUCAGCGCGACGUCACGCUAUGGCAAAAGCGGUGCGCGUUGGAGAGAAGACCCUAUUGGGACACGCUGAAGAAUUGCUGGCAGAGAUGGUGACGAGAGAUGGAGGCGGGUCUAAGAGGCAAAGAGAGGUGGACGAAGACGGGGAUGUGGAGAUGGGUGGGACAGGGAAGAAGCAAAGAGCGUGA